CGGAACGGGAAAGGGUAUAAAGGCCGGCAUCAGAGUUCCGAAGACAGCAGUUCAGACCUGAGCGAUAUCUCGCCGGAGACGCACCCGAACGCCGGAGGCUGUCCGCCUGCGACGCCGCCGGAUUGUCGGUUGGACGGGUUUAUGAAAGGACGGGGAAAGUACGGCGAGAGCGAGUAUGAUGAGGAAGAAGAUGGAGAGAAUACGAUGACAAUGUCAGGCGGCGAGAGCGAUGGCGCGGCGGCGGAUACGUUACGGCGGAUGCAGCAGGUUUCGAAGCAGGUGAAGGAGCGGGUGAAAGGCGGACAGGCGCGGCCGUUGAAGGCGAGUGAGGGGCGAGCGAAUGACGGAAGGAAAUGGGUGCGCGGUGGUGCUGCUGGUGUUGAUGAUGGACAGAACGGGAGUCGUCGGACAGGGUCGCUGGAUGAGAGCGGCAAGCUCAAGUCGUACGCGGACGCGGUGAUGGAUCAGAACCGGUCCGCAGCGACGAGCGGACAGAUAUCUGCAGCCGCGCGCGUGACUCGAGGUGGACGACCGGCGGUUGCGACAGCGGACGCGGAGGACGACGGCGACUUCUGGGCGGUUGGAGGGAGUAGCGCGUCGUCUGUUGUGAAGACCGCGCCUGUGUCGACGAACGCGGGGACGAAGAUUGUGGUUUCUGCGAGCGAGGGCGCGCGAGGAGAGGAAGGGAGCGUGGCUGUGCCGAAUCAGUGGACUACGUCGACGUCGAAGCGGAGGAAUAAGAAGAGAGGCGGGGUGCGGCAGGAGGAGGUUGAGGUUAUGAAAGGUGGCUAGAGCAAAGAGCGUGUGUGUAUCAGUACCUGUAUAUAUAUACAUAUAUAUACUCUGGAUUUGCAUUUAUUGGUCUUUUCUUUUUUUCUUUUUGUUAUCAUCAUGGUCUAGGUCUUCGUUUAUCGUUAGUGGUAUGAGCUGAGAUGAGAUGUGAAUUGUCUCUUGACUAUUCACUUCUUUUUUGUUGUCGUCGUUGUUAGUAUUACCACAAGUUACUGUAUUACGUUUUAUAAAUUGAUAUUGGGCUUUGUUUACAACACCACUUUCCUUUCUGUUUUUUUUUUCUUUUCUUUGUUUGUUGCAUUGUUACCGUGCGCCAGGGUGGUAUCAGCCUGUACUUUGAUUUUGUUUGCGGUGUACGAAAAAAAAGAUGUUUGUUUUGUUUUGUUUGUAUUGGAAGGCGGGAGGUAUGAGAAUAGAGAAAAUGAAAAU